GCAAUUCUUCACUCGUUCAGUCCGCAGUCUCCCCACAGCAGAUCAAAAAAAGACAGCGGCGGCGGCCGGAGCGGAGCGGCGCCGCCGGCGACCUCAAUCGGCCCCGUCCCCGGCAGACACCCGCGAAUCGAGCUCGUCGGCGCCCGUGUCCGGUCGGAAGGCGGGGACGCCGCGCGCGCGUCUCCAUCCUGCCGCCAAAACCGUGCGAGGAGGUGGCCAUCUCUCAACCCCACCUCCGAUCGAUCCCUCUGCACCGGGUCAUCGGCCAGAAUCUGAGCAUUUGAUGGAUCAACUGAGUCCCAGUGGACCUGUUCCUCAACCCUCAUGGUCAUUGGAUAUCAUUCCUACGAAAGUAGUUUGCACGCUAUCACAGGGAUCUAAUGUAACUAGCAUGGACUUUCAUCCUUGUCAUACACUAUUACUAGUUGGAUCUGCUAAUGGUGAAUUUACAAUCUGGGAGAUCGGUACGCGUGAGAGGCUGGUCUCAGAGCCCUUCCAAAUUUGGAACAUGCAAGCAUGUUCAGCACAAUUUCAGUGUGUCGUGGCUAAAGAUCCCUCCAUGGCCGUUAGUCAAGUUACAUGGAGCCCUGAUGGAUACAUGAUUGGAGUUGCAUUCACAAAACAUUUGAUCCAUCUGUAUGCAUACGAGCAUCAAAAUAAAACACGUGAAGUGGUAGAGAUUGAGGCUCAUUCUGGAGAAGUUAAUGACAUAGCUUUCUCCCAGCCAAAUAAGCAACUAUGUGUUGUCACUUGCGGAGAUGACAAGCUUAUUAGGGUUUGGGAUAUGCAUGGACAGAAAAUAUAUUCGUUUGAAGGGCAUGAGGCACCUGUGUAUUCUAUUUGCCCUCAUCACAUAGACGAUAUUCAGUUUAUUUUCUCAACUUCCCUUGACGGGAAAUUGAAGGCAUGGUUUUAUGACAAUGUGGGUUCUAGGGUGGACUUUGAUGUUCCAGGAAAAUGGUGUACUACAAUGCUCUAUAGUGCCGAUGGAACUAGGUUGUUCUCAUGCGGAACAAGCAAACAGGGAGACUCACAUUUGGUCGAGUGGAACCAAAGUGAAGGAUCUGUCAAGAGGUCAUAUUCUGGAUUUCGUAAAAAACCAUCUGGUGUAGUACAGGGUGUCGUGCAGUUUGAUAUAGCUCGGAAUCACAUUUUAGCUGCUGGCGAAGAUAAUCAAAUUAAGUUUUGGGAUGUUGAUAACACCAACAUGCUGGCCUGCAUUGAAGCUGGCGGAGCCUUGCCAAGCUUUCCAAGAUUAAGAUUCAAUAAAGAAGGCAAUCUUCUUGCUGUUACUACAGUAGACAGUGGCUUUAAGAUAAUUGCAAAUAAUGAUGGGCUCAAAUCUUUACUGUCUUUUGGUAACCUGCCUUCCGAAGUGUUCAGAUCGCCAUAUGAAGCUUCUGCGAUGAAGGUCUCAGGUGCUCCUGUUGUCUCGGGCAUCUCUCCUAACAUUGGCCGAACUGAUCACUUAGACCGAAACUAUCCUGCAAAGCCAUCUCCUAUACUGAAUGGCGGUGAUCCAGCAUCUGGAAGCAUAGAUAAAAAGCGAAGAAUUUCAGAAGAAAAGUCUGAUAAAGGGAAACCUUGGGAUCUGAAGGAAGUUCUAAAUCCCCAGAAAUUUCGUCUUGAUACAAUGCUAGAAACUGACCAAGCCAGCAAGGUAUCAAAGGUGCUCGACGACGAUGACCUCCUCAGGGAGAUCAUUAUCCGCGUCGGCUUCCCCACCACCCUUGUCCGUGCUGCCCUUGUCUGCAAGCGUUGGUACCAUCAUGCCUCUGAACCCGCCUUCCUCCGCCGUUUCUGCGAGCGCCACCCGCCCUGCCUCCUCGGCUUCUACGUCGAGGACAGGGAAGAUCAUAAAAUGGCUUCUAUUCGCUUCUUCAGUUUGCUAAAUAAGCCCCAAGAGCUUGCUGCCAUCAUCCGCUCUCUGCUGGGCUACAGUUGGGAUGCCUACCGCGGCGCGCCGGCCAACUUCCUCUGCUCCCGGAACGGCAGAGUCUUCAUCAGCUUGUAUGACCAGGUCAACCGCAGCAAAUUUACAGUUGGGGCGCACAGUCUAUUAUGUCCUGAGAGAGGCCUGACUGUUGUCCCACCAUUCCCACACGUUGAAAUCCAGGAUGGCUAUUCCCGCACGAUGAAUGAUCUCUUCUCGGUAGAAGAAGUCAAUGACUUGUCCUUGUUGCAUGUGUCGGUGGUGUCUAACAUGCAGAGAACAAAAUCUACGGUGCACGUACAUAUGUGGCGACAUGGUGAUGGGGUGUGGCGCACGUAUCUUACCUUGGACACAGACCAGCUCCUUGAUCCGCGACGGGAACCAAAAGCUGUGCUCGCCAACAAUAAAAUCUACAUAGCAAGUGCCCAGAGCGACAUUGUUGUCUUUGAUUUGACUGCCUCGAGCAUCUCUAUGUUUCAGCUCCCACAAGGGGUGGAGUAUGGCGAUAGAGAUACCAUGUUGGCACAGGCUCAGGAUGCUUCUGGUGUGUAUCUCAUCCAUGCAAAGAAGCUUCAGCUUCACAUUUGGCUCCACAAGGGGGACAACUGGUUUCUGGUGGACACCAUUUGUUUGCGUGAGAUGGUUGCUAAUAUGUGGAUUCCAGGUUACAGGGUUGAGGAUGAGUCCUACGCUCCUCUUCGGAUAAAGCACGUGGGUGACUAUGCUGAGUGUAUUUUCUUGGAGAUGGGUCGAUGCGCACUGCAAUUAGAUGUCAAGUGCAUGCAGUUGCGUAAAGUGUAUAUCAUGGCAGAAGAAGAAGUGUGUUUGGGUGAUAUCCAUCCUCUUAAGAUGAUUUGGCCGCCGAUAUUCCCUGCGCUCAAGGAUAAUCCUGCAAGGUUUGUCUUUUGGCCUUCAGUUGAUUUGUAUAUUGCUUUUGUUCGGGUUACAUAGUUUUGCAAGGUGCACUACUCAUUGACUGUUUGAAAUAGCUGCGGGAUGGUGUUAGUAUAUGAUUGAUUCUUUAGGCCAUUUUAACAGUAUACUAGUUUAGCGACAUAGAUAAUGCUUGCAUUAAGAUGUCCUGAAAUCACUUGUGCAUUAAGAUGGUGUUAGUGGUGUAAUAUUACAUGGUGUACUAUGUACAAAAGUACAAAACGUGUAUAUAAGAGUUGAAAGUGCAUAGCCUUGUUAUCAUGUUGACCACUUCAUUGUCCUGAAAUAUCAUCGCAAACCUGAAAUUUUAGCUUCCCAUUUCUUAAAUUUUGGUGUAUUUUUUCACUGCCUACCUUUGAGCUGUGAACCUCAAGCUUACGAGACGUUUUCAUUGAACUUAUGUAUGCGAUUUUAUUUUCUGAAACUUUAUGU